CAGCUGUCGUCUGUCAGUGUCAAUUUAAAUAUCUCAAUUUUUAUUUAGAAUAAAAAUUCCACAAAAAUUCGAAAUUAAUGUAUUAAAAUUAGAAAUAGAUCAAAAACUAAUAAUAAUUAAAUAAUAAUAUUUCGUAAUCGUAUUGUUUCACUUUUAAAUAACAUAACAUGAACUUAAAUAUUGGUGGUCUUAGUAAAUUCAUAUGGAAAUCACAAGCAGUACCUGGUUUUGGGUUCCAACAGGUACGAAACAAAUGGGCAAAUUGGUUAAUGAUAAGGGACGUAAAGAGGCGAAGGAUGAGCGCUGAACAUUUUCUGGAAAGGACUAGAAUAAAUGCAUUGAGAAAGAACAAUGUAUUGCCAUUGGAGAUCAGAGAACUGGCCGAUAAGGAAAUUAACAAGUUUGAGAUGAACGCUAUACCGCUUAGAAUCAACAAUAGAUGUGUUAUUACCUCAAGGCCUCGUGGUAUUGUCAAAGAAUGGAGGAUGAGUCGAAUUGUUUGGAGACAUCUGGCAGAUUAUAACAAACUCUCUGGAGUACAGAGAGCUAUGUGGGGUUAACCAUAAUCAAGCAUUAUUUGUAAAAUUUAAUUAUUAUUAGUUGUAAUAUAAAUUAGAUGAAUAAAC